AAAAUGUCAUUUACACAUUUUCAUAACAGCUGUUUUUAAUUACUUUUACAUUGAUUAUAUUCUAAACAAUAAUUGAAAACAACGAUAUACAAAUCUUAAUGUGAUUUCUAACUUUUUUUUCUAUUCUCGAUAUUAUUCCAAACUUUCAGAAUGGCAUUAACGACGUCGUUAAAGUUACCUGAGAGCGUCCGCACGGCGAUGAUCAUCCCGACGUCUCCGGAAACGUACUUCAACACGCAGUGGAAAGCGAAAGCAGCUCAACUCGGUGCCUAUGAUAUGCUAUACCAUCCCCCUGACUACAACCCGAAAGCUGCCCGAUCUGAUCGCCAGGAACCUAAAAUAAUCCGCCAAAAUAUAUGGGACCAAGAGUAUCACAAAGGCAUACCGUCGACGACACACUUCGUUCACGGACGACCAAAGUGGGUCACCCCUGAUCGUCCCACGAAGGAACACGUGAGGGUUGUGGUUAAAAACGAGAAUCCUCACAUGCGUCUCUACCACGUGUUGGAAUGGGCGGCUUUAGUUAUCGACGGCAAGCCAUCACUCUGCGAUUAAAGACUUUUAUAAAGUUCACUCCGCAUCUUAGUAAAUCAAAUAAAACUUAA